GACGUUUACAUAAAAUUGACUGUUCAUAAUCAUAACAUUGUUUUUGUUGUUGUCGUUGUUGAUGAUGAUGAUGAUGAAAAUGGAUCGAAAAUCAAUAUUCUUUUCUAUUUUAUUACAAUUAUUCUGACCAAUUCAUAUGGAAAAAAAUGUAAUUAUUCCAAACCGAAUAUAGUCAUCAUGUUGAUGGAUGAUAUGGGCUGGGGUGAUCUUGGUGUGAAUGGAGAUCCAUCUCGAGAAACACCUUAUUUAGAUCGUCUUGCCGCUGAAGGAAUGCAGUUUACAGAUUUUUAUGCCGGAAGCCCAUUAUGUUCACCAUCACGAGCAGCAUUACUUACCGGUAGAUUGCCAAUAAGAAACGGAUUCUAUACGACCAAUAUUCAUGCUCGAAAUUCUUAUAUUCCUCAAGAAAUGGUUGGUGGAAUUUCUAGAUCGGAAAUUUUAAUUUCGGAAUUACUUGCCAAAACAAAUUAUCGAAAUAAAAUUAUUGGUAAAUGGCAUCUCGGUCAUAGUAAAUCCGAAUAUUAUCCAUGGAAUCGUGGUUUUCAUGAAUUUUUCGGUUCAUUUGGUAUUCAUUCGAAUCCUCACGAUAAUGUGAAAAUGCCGAAUGUACCAUUAUUUCGAAAUGAUAAAAUGAUUGGUCGUUAUUAUGAAAAUAUUUUGAUCGAUCGAAAAAAUCAGCAAUCAGAUAUAUUAAAAAAUUUCACACAAGAAGCAAUUGAAUUCAUCCAGCAAGAAUCAGCAAAAGGAAAUCCAUUUUUUCUGUAUUGGACACCAGAUACAUUACAUGCACCUACUUAUCGUUCGGCCGAAUUUGUUGGUCGAUCAAUGAAGAAUUCCUCAUAUGGUGAUGCAUUGAUUCAAAUGGAUCAUUCAAUUCAAGCCAUAAUUGAAACAAUCCGUAAUGAACCAUGUCUACAAAAUAAUACGUUCGUAUUUUUUACAAGUGAUAAUGGACCAGCUUUAACGUCAAGAGCUGAUGCUGGUAGAAAUGGUCCAUUUUUAUGUGGCAAACAAACAACAUUCGAAGGUGGAUUCCGUGAACCGGCCAUUGCAUGGUGGCCUACAAAAAUCGCACCAGGUACAAUCAAUCGACAUAUAUCGACCCAUAUGGAUCUAUUUCGUACAAUAGCAACAAUAGCUCAGAUAUCCGUUCCGGACGAUCGACAUUAUGAUUCGAAUGAUUUAACAAAAGUUAUGUUCAACAGUAGUCAUGAAAAUCAAAAUGCAUCAAUGUUUUAUUAUCGUGGUGAUACUUUGAUGGCCAUUAGACAUGGUUCUUAUAAAGCACAUUAUUGGACAUUUUCAACACCACCGGAAGAGCUUCGUGUUGGUAUUAAUUUUUGUCCUGGACAAAAUGUUGUCAAUUUGACAACCUCACAAUUGACCAAUCAUACUGAAUUGCCAUUAUUAUUUCAUUUGUAUCGGGAUCCUGCCGAACGUUUUGCCAUUAAUCCUAAAACUAAGGAAUACAGAGAAAAUAUAAAAAUAUUGAACAAAAUUCGUGAUGAACAUCAACGACAAUUAAAACCAGGAAAACCGGAGCUAAAUUAUUGUGAUCAAGCUGUGAUGAGUUGGAGUCCACCUGGUUGUGAAACAAUAAACAUGUGUCUUCCUAUACCUAAAUCAUCACCAUAUCUUUGUGAAUGGCCACAUUGAUCAAUUUGAUUUUUUUAUUUUAUUCUUUUCUCAACAGAAUAAAAAAAAAUCAGAAUCACAAAAUUAUGUCAUUUAUGAAUAACACACGAUUAUUUUUAUUAAAAUAACAUAUAUUUAGUGACAUCUAUCGGCCAGUAUUGAGAAACAUUAAUGGGCGUUAAUAAAAAGUAGCCUUUCUUCUUUUGCUUCUUUUUUAAA